AUCUGCUGAGCUUGCUGCUGACCAAUUGCUUACUGAAUUUUAUUGCUGUUGCAUUAACAAUUAAAUUAAUUAAUCGACCUCGAGGGCAAUGGAGAGUUUCAAAUCUUGUUGUGGCGUUCAGUACGCUUUCCACCAUAGAACCUUGUGUUGUUAUGGGAAGCAGUUAUGCAUCAUUCCAAGAGGUGGAAAGUACUUUUCGUACCAGAACAGCUAUACAUAUUGCUACAAAUGUUUUAAUCAGAUUCCUGGUGACACAAUUAAUCUUGGUGGUGAUCCGACAAAUACUCAAAUUGUACUCAAGAAGGAAGAAUUUGUCGAGAUGAAGAAUGAUUUACUCGAGUUGGAACCGUUUGUUACCUGUCAGUCAUGCGGUUGGAAAUUACAUGAAAUAUGUGCCAUGUACUCGGAUUCUAUUUGGCCGCAAGGAUUUACCUGCGAUAAUUGUCUGAGAGCGAAAAAUAUGAAACGUAGAGAUAACAAGUUUACGGCCAAACGAUUACCAACUACCAAAUUAGGAACCUUUAUCGAAACAAGAGUGAACAAUUUCUUGAAGAAAAAGGAAGCUGAAGCUGGCGAAGUUUGCAUAAGAGUGGUUUCCUCGUCGGAAAAGAUCGUCGAAGUGAAAGCUGGAAUGAAGGGUCGUUUCGUAGAAACUGGAGAACUAUGCGGAACGUUUCCAUACAAAGCCAAGGCAUUGUUCGCUUUUGAAGAGAUUGAUGGAACGGACGUAUGCUUCUUUGGAAUGCAUGUACAAGAAUAUGGCUCCGAAUGUCCAACGCCCAACACGCGCCGAGUGUACAUUUCGUAUCUCGACUCGAUUCACUUUUUUAGGCCUCGCCAAUUCCGAACUGCAGUGUAUCAUCAAAUAUUACUAGGAUAUUUAGAAUAUGUCAAGGAAUUGGGCUACACGAUGGCUCAUAUUUGGGCAUGUCCUCCAUCCGAAGGGGAUGACUACAUAUUUCAUUGCCACCCUCCAGAACAGAAGGUACCAAAGGCCAAGCGGUUACAAGAAUGGUAUAAAAGGAUGUUGGACAAGGGAAUUAUUGAGAGGAUUGUGUUUGACUACAAAGACAUUUUGAAACAAGCGAUAGAGGAUAACUUGGCCUCAGCUGCUGAAUUACCAUACUUUGAUGGAGACUUUUGGCCCAACGUUUUAGAAGAUUCAAUCAAAGAGUUGGACCAAGAGGAAGAAGAAAAACGAAGACAGGCUGAAGCAGCCGAAGCAGCGGCCUCAACGAGUGUGAGCGAGGAAGUUGAAGUUACUGUGGAUGGCACGAAGAAGGGACAGAAAAAGGGAACAAAGAAGGGAAAAAAGAGGGCUAAAAAGUCAAACAAAUCGAAAGCCAAUCAGCGUAAGAACAAUAAAAAGUCGAAUAUACCUCUUACUGGGAAUGAUUUGUCCACCAAAAUCUUUACAACGAUGGAAAAGCACAAGGAUGUAUUCUUUGUUAUACGACUCCAUUCAGCUCAGUCUGCGGCUUCUCUUGGGCCAAUUCAAGAUCCGGAUCCAUUUAUCCAGUGUGAAUUGAUGGAUGGUCGCGAUGACUUUUUAACCAUGGCUCGUGAUAAGCACUAUGAGUUCUCGUCUCUACGAAGAGCCAAGUAUUCAAGCAUGUUGAUGUUGUACGAGAUUCACAACCAAGGACAAGACCGAUUCGUGUAUUCUUGCGACAACUGCAAGAAUAACGUGGAAACGAGAUAUCACUGUACCGUCUGUGACGAUUUUGAUCUAUGUGUUGGUUGUUACCAGAAGACUGGCCAUCCGCACAAGAUGGACAAACUUGGUUUGGACCUGGAUGAGGGUUCCAGUUCUUCUCCUGGAAACAAAGCUAAUCUACACGGAUUGGACAUUCAACGGUGUGUAGAGAGUCUUGUCCAUUCUUGUCAAUGUCAAGAUGCAGACUGUCGACUGCCAUCGUGCCACAAAAUGAAGCUAGGUUUUGCUCAUACCCAGGUCUGUAAGCGUAAGGUUAAUGGGGGUUGUACAAUCUGCAAACAGCUCAUCACACUCUGCUGCCUACAUGCUAAGCACUGUGUUGAAACCAAGUGCUUCGUCCACUACUGCGACAAUAUUAGAUAUCAGCUGAAACAACAACUACUUCUUCAGCGACUCCAGCAAAAUCGACUUUUGCAUCGCAGGAUGCAAAUGAUGCAAAUGAUGGGAGGAGGAGGGUCAGCAGCACCUUCCACACCAACCCGUGGUUUAACCGCACCUCCUCGGCCAGAUCCAACUGUACCUCAGAUGAUGGGUAGCCCUAUGACUCCUGGAAUGCAAUCAAUGGGAGGAAGAAAGCCUACAAGCGGAGUGCCUUUGCCUGCUCUACACCUUGUCAGACAAGUCCAAGAGAAAGCAGCUCAACAGCAUGCACAAGCCAUUGCCCUCACCGGAAUUCCAGUCGUGCAUCCUACUCAACCCAACCAUCCAACGCCUUCUCAUCAACAGCUUAUAAGGCCUUCAGGCCACCAUGUGACAAACGUUGGAUUCGGAGGCCCUCAAAGACCGGCCAACGCACCAGCUGGUCUAUCGGGAAUAGACCAAAUGCAAAACCGAUAUCCUGGAAUAUCUCCUGCCCGACCCAUGAAUAAUUAUACGCACCAACAACAUGCCAGCAUGUUGAUGCACCGACAGCAGAACUUGCCUCAACCUCAACGAGGUAUGAGCAUGGCCAAUCAGCAAGUCAGACCAGUUAGACCACAGCAAGGAGGUCAAGUUAAUCAAGGCGGUUAUGGCCAACUGCUGUUAGAUAAACUUAUCCAAACUUUCCGUUCUGCUUCCACGCCAGAGGAACAACAACACGUUUUACACAUAAUUAACUCAAACACUCAACUAAUGACUGCAUUUACACUGUAUCGUCAACACCGGCUACAACUACAACAACAACAACUAAAGCAGCAGCAACAACAACAACAGCAAAAUGUACGCCAAGGCCAAGCAGGUCAAACAAUGAAUUCCCCGGUGAUGAAUCAGCAACAGCAAAAUGUACGCCAAGGCCAAGCAGGUCAAACAAUGAAUUCCCCGGUGAUGAAUCAGCAACAGCAAAAUGUACGCCAAGGCCAAGCAGAUCAAACAAUGAAUUCCCCGGUGAUGAAUCAGCAACAGCAAAAUGUACGCCAAGGCCAAGCAGGUCAAACAAUGAAUUCCCCGGUGAUGAAUCAACAACAGCAAAAUCUACGGCAAGGCCAAGCAGGUCAAUCAAUGAAUUCCCCGGUGAUGAAUCAGCAACAGCAAAAUGUACGCCAAGGCCAAGCAGGUCAAUCAAUGAAUUCCCCGGUGAUGAAUCAACAACAGCAAAAUCUACGGCAAGGCCAAGCAGGUCAAUCAAUGAAUUCCCCGGUGAUGAAUCAACAACAGCAAAAUGUACGCCAAGGCCAAGCAGGUCAAACAAUGAAUUCCCUGGUGAUGAAUCAACAACAGCAACAGUCUCGAGAUAAUUUAAUUCAACACCCGGGUAAUAUGGGGACAAAGAAGGUUGCGAUUGGUCAUCAACAUGGAAUGCCACUUCCUCAAAUGCAACAACGUCCACAAAUGAUGGGUAAACCACAACAGCAGCAGCAACAACAAAUGUUGAUGGGACAACAAAAAGAGCAGCAACGUCCACCUCCGCCACUGCUACCGUUAGGAAACAAUAGAGCUCAGUCCCAAGCUACUCAGCAGUUCCUCUACCCACAACCAAACCAACUUGGAACUAAUCAGAUAGUUGGCAACCCGAAUAUGGCUCGGAUGGCUGGCAGUAUGAAUCCGAAGAUGUCGAAUCAAAUGAGACCUCAACAGACUACUCUUCGGUCACAAUUUCAGAUGUCACCAAUGGCACAGAUUAGGAACUCGAGCGUUCAAAUAAGAAAUGCAUCUCUGCAAUCGGAAAGAUUUGGUGGAAAACCGAACCCAAUUUUCUCUCGAAUGGGUCCCCCCACUCUGGUUUCUAGACCGAACACAACUCCUCCAGCAAUGUACCCGCUGCCACCCAAAGCCCACCACCAACCUACGUCCCCACUCGCUGUAGGUGGUGGUUCGGGCACUCCCCAAUUAGACGUUUUAAAUCCACCACAUUUGGUACCAAACGAUCCUUCUUGCGUAGCUGUGACACCAGAGUGAUUCCAUGGAGUGUUACUAAAUAAUCGAAUUGGAGGCUGCAGACUUCCCUGCAGAUUAAAAUUAGUGUAGUAGUUUAUAGAGACACAUGAUAGUCUAGGUAUUAGGUAUAGACUCUAAACCCUUGUUAAUUGUUCAUUGUUAUUUGUCUUCUAAAAUUAGAGUAGUUGUUAUUAUUCUAACCAUGUAAUUGAUUGGAUCAAUCUCUCCUAGAAAACCUUCCAAAUGUACUACUCGCAAAACCUGUAUGUUGGUAUAUGUAUUUUCUUCAGCCGUUUUAAGACCGUUUUGACAAUUGUUUAUAUGCAUACCUUUACAUCCACUGACUUAAUUACAUCUAUGUGCAGAAAGUAAUUAACAUUGAUUUACUCGAUUUCUUCAUUGUUUACAUUUUUUGCGAGGAACCAAAAAUAUUUUGAUUUGAACUUUGUAUGGAUAAGUUAUUACUGGUAACAGACGUUAUUUAAUAUUAAUAUUAAUAAUAAAUAUAAUUUUUUUAAAUUUAAA